AUGGUGGAAACAGAUACCAACUCUCCGACAUGGAAGUUCACCCAAUGCUUCGGCGACAAGGGAGAUGUUGAGGACAUCACCGAAGCCGAUAUCAUCUCCACGGUAGAAUUUGACCACACCGGAAACUACUUGGCGACUGGUGAUAAGGGUGGACGAGUCGUGCUAUUCGAACGGAACGAGACGAAAAAAACCUGCGAGUACAAGUUCCAUACCGAAUUCCAGUCCCACGAGCCCGAGUUCGACUACCUCAAGUCUCUUGAAAUCGAGGAAAAGAUCAACAAAAUCAAGUGGUGCAGGAGACAAAAUGCCUCCCACUACCUCCUCUCGACAAACGACAAGACGAUCAAGCUAUGGAAGGUGUUCGAGAAGUCGCUUAAGGUUGUCGCCGAGAACAACCUAUCCCAUGAUUUGACGCCUGCAAACGUGGCCGGCGGUGGAGGCGCACCCCGUGCCUUACCUCAUGCUCAGUUUCGCAGUCCCGCCGAUCUCAAGCUACCCAGGCUUACCCACCACGACACAGUCGUUGCCGCCGUGCCUCGGAGAACAUAUGCCAAUGCCCAUGCGUACCACAUCAACAGCAUUUCCGUCAACAGCGAUGGCGAGACCUUCAUCAGCAGCGAUGAUUUGCGGAUCAACCUAUGGAAUUUGAAUAUCCAGGACCAGAGCUUCAACAUUGUGGACAUCAAGCCGGCGAACAUGGAGGAAUUGACAGAGGUCAUUACGGCCGCAGAGUUCCACCCUCUGAGCUGCAACUGGUUCAUGUAUGCCAGUUCCAAGGGCACAAUCAAGCUGGCAGAUAUGCGCGAAAGGGCGUUGUGCGACCAGCACGCAAAGAUGUUCGAACAAGAAGAGGACCCAUCGUCCCGGUCUUUCUUCUCUGAAAUCAUAUCUUCCAUCUCCGACGUUCGAUUCUCCCACGACGGCCGGUAUAUCCUUUCCCGCGACUACCUGACGGUCAAGAUUUGGGACGUCAACAUGGAGCGGCAGCCAGUCAAGACGAUCCCCAUUCACGAACACCUCAGGCCGAGACUCUGCGACACAUACGAAAACGACAGCAUCUUUGACAAAUUCGAGGUUGUAUUCUCUGGAGACGCCAAGAACGUAAUGACAGGAAGCUACAACAACAACUUCAUGAUCUACCCAUCGGAUCCCGACAAGGAGGUGGAGGUCGUCCUGCAAGCGGAUAAGUCGGCGUUCAAGGCCAAGAAAGUUGGGGUGCCGACACCCAUUAACUCGUCGACAAGUCCUACAGCUAACGGUGGUAAGAAGGGAAAUUCACGGGCAGGAAGCCCGGCAGCGGCAGGCCAGGGCCAAAGGAUGCGCAAAGAGACAGACGCCGACCAAAUCGACUUCAAUAAGAAGAUUCUCCAUAUGAGCUGGCAUCCGUUCGAGGACAGCAUCGCCAUCGCAGCAACCAACAACGUAAGUUCUUGCCCCGCUAGUUCUUGGUCGCGUCUUCAUCUAGGCCCUAUUGAUAGCUAA